AUGCACUCACAGACACCCGCAAGAGCCCCAGAGGCAGCUGCUCGGAGCAGGGCCACUACAUACGCGCCCCUACCCAUUGCCGUAAUCGGUGUCGCAGUGUUUGCCCCAUCCAUCAGCGUUUGCGCAUCUGAGGGCAGGUCCGAUACUUCGGCUGUCGGCAUCUGUCUUAAGAUCUUCAGAAGACCUGACACAUGGGUUUGCGGUAUUUGCGAACGUACUGCUCAGGUGCGCAAGGCAUCACGUACGAUUGGCUCCUCUUCAGAUGACGGGGUCCUUGGGGACUCCUCACGUCCGCCUUCUAUGCUAUAACCGUUACAUCCGUCGUUUCGUCAGAAGAUGAAGUAUCGCUGCCGGACGAUGAACUGUACGAAGGAAAACCGUCCCAUGAGGAUGACGAUGAGUCAGACGGAUGUCUUUCCGUCUCACCCUCGGCAAUUUGGCGCAACAUUUCAUUGACUUCUCGGUCAGCACGUCCCCAAUAUGUUCUCUUCGAUACUAGUUUCAAAAUACUGCUAAAAAGCGUUAAGCAUUAAAUACUAAUGGUCAACAGAAAUUGCUGCGUCAGGAGAAAAAGGCACACAGGAAACGGCACCCAAGCGGGUGCACGAGAAAGCAAGCACGUCGUCUGAUCGAUUAGCCCCUCGGCAAACGUGCUUUAUUUGUGUCUUUGUGACACGAGUGCUAGGCGCACAACCAACCAACCAAUAUUCAGCGCCGACUAGAGAACGAAGCAGGAGACACGACUCUGAUGCCGUUGCUAUUCCACGGAAUAGCUCUCUAUUCUACACGUUUUAAGCAUGACAAAAGGAGGAUCGUUGUUAUUGCUUCGGAGAAGGCAGUCGGUUACGUCCAUCUCGUAGGGCAUUAGUGAACCCCGUCACUCGCCACGGUCUACGUGUCUCUCGGAUUCUUGCGGUGGCCGCCGUAAUUGGGUCUCUCCGACUUCAGUUCGUCUGAUCUUGGCAAUAACAUUACCAAUAGUAAUAAAAUGGAGAUCAGCAUGCCGAUUGAACAAUUCUACUUUCAACAUUGGUCGUUGGCCGGUCACGGAAAUAUGAACCCCCGGCGUUACGGGUGACCUUGUGCUAAAUUCCAGAGAUAGGGGUGUUAUGGUUAGUGUUAGGGUUGUGAAGGUUACUGUUAGGGUUAGGGUUAAAGUUGGGACACUGGAAUAGACAUAACCCGGGAGUUAGCGCAAGGACGCCUGUAGUUUCACGGGUCCAUAUUCCCGUGUCCGAGCGGAUCGUGUACUUUACGUAAUGCUUCAGCAAAGCAUCAUUGGGCGCUGGAAUCAGAGACGCGACCUUGAAAUUCCGUGGCACGGAAGUUUGGGACUGCACCUUUGGGCGCUAACUGACUCGAACGUUAUUGAACCAGCUACUUUCAGCUGGUUUUUGGGAUCGAGUUAGACUACUUCAUAGGAGAUUACAGCUUUGGCUGGUAUUUUGGUUUGGUAAUAAUUAGUAGGAUUGCGAUAUUCUAGCUUUCGCUUGAACAUUUUCCACUCAAGUAAUUAACAUAUUUUCCAUCGAUUUUCAACGCAUGUGUGUGCUUUCUGCUACUUUGUCAGGGGACUCAAUGAAAAACCACUUCGUUUAGACUCAUACGAGUAUUUGGCUUUUUAUAAUUCCUUAAUUCUUGUAAUUGUAGGGUUGCUUCCGUGCAUAUUAGUGCACCAAGCUAUCUUCACUCCCCGCGACGAAAUCAAUAUCCACUGCAAUAGCCUCUGGGUGGUAGAAGGUCCCUUUAGGGGGGCAGGCAGGGUUUUGUUGAUUUUCUACUGAGGAUAUGCAGACGUGUAGUUUGGAAAUGUUACGAGGACAUAAAAACAUAAUUUUGCUUUAAAAUAUGCAGAUAUGAGUAGACGUCUUCGCAACCGACAAAGCCCUCCUUUAAACUACAAAAUUUGAAGGAGAGGAACUGUCCUGUAGAGCGAGUAAAAUAGAUCGAUUUAUAUCCAAUCCUUCUAUAAAAUAUGAGUGAAUUCACGCGAAUAUCAAAAAUCGAUGGAAAAAUGAUCACUAAACAAGUAUAUGGUUUCGAAUGGCCUUAAUUCCCGCAAGAGUAUAGAAAGGAACUCAACCGAGGGGCAACACGCCGCAGUGUUUGAUUUGGCUGGGGGGGAGGGGGGGUUGGUUCUUACUGAUCAGCUUUCUGUUAUAUUUCACCUAAGUAAGAUCAGAGCGGACAUUUUACCAAAUACGGCCACUUCAAAUGACGCAGCCUACAAGCAGAGUCGGCAGUCGUGCAGUCCGUCAUGGGGACAGCAGCAGGUUGAUGUUGUUGGAUUGUCGUCGGUGAGCCCUUCCCACACCCAGAAGUUACAACCGUAAGACAGAGGAAUAUGAUCCCCUCUCCCCGUAAUUCAGGUGUCUCUAAUUCUACCUUAACCCUCAUGUGAAACUCAACCCUAGCCUUGACCCUAAGCCUUGUCUCCCUGGAAGUUGACGCAAGGACAUCUGUGUUACGGGAGGUCCAUAUUACCUAAUCCUGCCGUUACAAUCGAGGGACCGAGGUUAAGCUCCCGCAGGAUGCAGAAUAGGGUUCUGCCGGUGUGUGACAGUCCCUAAUUUAUUCGUCCCUGUCGCUCGCUAUUGGUUCUGGAGCUGACGACUACGCGCGGUAUUCCAGGACUCUGUUAUCAAUCGUUUCAGAGGGGGUCCUGCAUCCUUCCCAUUCGCAUGCUGCUUAGAAACAUCAGCGCGUCAGUGCGAGGAAUCAAAAGUUUUCCGUUAGAUUUCGUGCAGACAGAUUGCAGUCUUCGGUUUCCCGAAGAGGUAACAUUCUGACGUAUAAAACAUAGAUAGGCUUAUGUACGGUAGAAUGUUCUGUGUAAUCGAAGUUCGGUUCCCGAGACCUCUGGCUCACAACUUUGAGGUAGUGCCUCGAAAAGUAUUAACGACAAAGACGAGGGAGACUGGGGUUACCUGAUAGCACUAGUUAGCUAUGCAGAAACUCUCCGGCUGGAGGAUAUGGUAUUUAAACCCUUAAUCCGUUGGUAAGUGGGUCAGAUGUUCCACCAGACUGACCACAAGAUCACGCUCUACUGGUUACAACCGGUAUAUAUCUGUCUGCCAAUAACAGUUCGGCCUUAAUUGCACAUGUCCAUCUUCUGUAUAUUUGGCAAACCUUCUCGGUUAUUGGUAGCCCCUUGCUAUGAGACCACCUGCGAAAUCUCUACACAGGAGCUGCAAGGGUAAAACUAAACACUCAUAUUCCGUCUCACAAUCAAGACAGUUCUGUGGACGACAUUCUUAUGUGAUCCCAAUAAAUGUAUUGUCCAGUAAGCAAAACCACUGCUGUUGUCUCUGACUGCAUUUUGAUCUUGUCAGCAUUGGCCUGCAAAAUUUAAGAAUUGGAAACUUAACCACAAGCUAAAACCAGGACUAUUGGGAAGCUAUCAGUUUACUUCUUCCCUCUUCUUUUCAAACUCACAGUUAGCACAGCGUCCUUCUUCACAAACCAGGGCUACUGGCAAGUGGGCAUCUACACCUCGCUGGACCACAGCUGCCUCAGCUUCGUACUGGCUGUCCUCCUGUGGUUUACGAUCCCCUUCCUCUACUCUAUGUCCUGCGGACUUGGCUACCUGGCGCUUACCAGUGCUUCGCAUGAGCACAUUAUAACACAUCACGAGGUCUACGAAGGUAAGGCCCUGGAAAUGCCUUGGGAAUUACACAUACAUUUGUCAGCGUGUGCUGUAGAAUAACCUAGCACAACAGAGAGACCAGAUUGCAUAUCCUUGUGUGCGCGCCUGUUUGUUCGGCCUCAAAGGGCACACGGACUCCGAGGCUGGAGAUAGGGGUAUCCAAGAGGUAGGCGGAUACAGCUGACGUUGUGCCUUCGUAUUCUAAGGCCUAUGGUCCGCAGAACAAAAAUGUGUAUAGAGCGCGAAGGACCCACUGCUGGCGUCCAACCUGCAAUCCACUUUCAAGGUUUGUUUGUCCUCGAAAAUCCGUCAUUCGCCCAUACUUUGUCUACUCCGGCAAAAGUGAUGAUGAUGACGAGGAUGAUGAUGCGCUGUUUAAAUUCCAUUCUAUGGCCCAGCAAUCUAGCCUUUUCACCGGACCGUCUGUGCAAUAUGGGUGCUCAUCUUUACAUUUUCGGGUGUAAAGCUGAGUAAAGAGAACAAAAUAAGUACCAAACGGUUGCUGUUGUGGUGGUUUUGUUAGUGGGUGUAUCUUACCCACUAAAAUGAUCAUGGGCCGGCCUCGAUUAGCAGGAGAAUAUCGAAGACACCAGAGGGAGGUAUUUUCUUGUCCUGCGUUGCUGCCACAGGCAUCAAUGCGUCGUUAUGAGAAAGGCAGGGAGAGAGGGCAUGGUGUCAGCAGCCUUGAUAUGCAGGUCUGUGGAAGCUAUGUCGAGACUGCUGAUGUCCAGUCGUGUGUGUUGCAUCUGCCGGAGUGCGACCUGUUCAAGUGGGACUUGAACUACUGUCACCCGCUGAUUGAGCGCAUGUACUCAUGUUUCAGUUGACCAAACUGUGGUAAAGUUAGCGUGUCUACGAGGUCGAUAACCUUGAUGAAGCCAUGUGUUGAACAAAGACGCCGUUCUGCCCUCAUUCAUCCCAGACAUGCGCCCUGCAAAGGCCUCUGGCCGAAAAGCGCACAGCAUGUAGGGCACACAGAUGCUGCCAGCCAUUUUCAGAGCACGCCUGACUCGGCAUGCCCGUCGUUCGCCCAUACUCUGUCUACCCCGCUAGAAAUGGCGACGUACUGCUGGAGUUUGAUUCGUUCUGCUUAUGGCCUUACCUCAUCUCUGUAACAUCUGCACAACGCGAGUACGCAUCUUAAUAUUUUCGACGACAGGUAAUGGUCGGACGGCCGUUGGGUAAAGAGAUCACAAUCUGCACGAAAUGACAGUUCAACCGUCGUUUUCGACUAUAUCCACCGUGUGCUUCACAGCAGGGUGAGAGUAGGCACGGUGACUUGCGCGUGAAUUAGUUCAUAGGGAUAGUAGACUUGUGCAGCAUCUGCCGCGCUCUCUCCCCCUCCCGCCCCGCGUCUAGUGUCAAGAUAUAGCCAGGAAGACCGGAGGCGGGAGAGGGCGCAGGUGGCUGCCACGGAGAUAACCUGCCAGUGGUCCAUAACGUACACUGAUCAGGAUUUUACACAACAAGAAAAGGAGAGGGGGCGGUUCUGAUCCUUAAUAGUGGGGCGGGAGCCUGCACCUGGGGGCGCCGCUACACUCCGAAUGUUGACCUUUGCGCACUCCCAACAACGCCUGUUGAACUCCGAUGUGACCCCCGUGUUGGCUCAGGGCAUCUAUCGCGCGGCCCGUUUUAUGGGCACAUCUGCAUGAAAUGGUUUCUGUGUAACUCCCGUCCACCCCUCCCGGUUAACCUCUUCAGAAAUGUGUGAGGCCUACUUGACGCCGAUAGGUAGGGACCUGUUUAAAACAAAGUCGAGGGAACUUUUGAAUGCAUGAAGACAUUCUAACGCGCAGCAGGAUCUACAAAAUUGUAUCUAGAAUGUUUUGCUCUCAGUCCAACCCGGCGCAACCUGAAUGUUUCAAAAACUCUCCCUUUUUAGGUCUGUUGCCCUACGUAGUGCCAACAUACCUCUUCGGACACUGGGGACAGAUCGUGGUGUACACUAUAAUUGCCAUUUCACUGGUGAGCAGUUGUAUAUGCAACCUGAUGGGCAUCCGAUCUCUCCUUGUGCAUGACGUCCUCGAAACCUACAUUAUGGUACGUCAGCCCUUCCAGUCCCAUCUAACUGCUAUUCCGCCGCGCGCGCGCGCGCAUACGUCAAUUCAGGAGGCAUAUAACGUCACACUGGUGUACGACAAUCUGGGAUUUUACGUUUUAAUUUUCCUAAUUCUGUUUACUUAAACCCUUUUUAGCCAUUUAAAAAGAGGCGCUCAGCCGACGUCUGCCUCUUCUGCGACAAAAGAGUGGGCCAGUUUUCUGCGAAGUACGAAACCUGUCGAUGCGGUAGCAUGCUCGUGUGCACGGACUGUGAAAUGGAUCGGGGGUCUGUGUCCUGUCUUCUAACUCGUUCCCUAUUUGCUUGAAUUCAUUCCGUAAAAUUCGUCAGAUCUGGAUGAGUAGCGUCUCUCAUCUUCCUGUUCUUAUUCUUCUCCUGGUCCUAGUGGACAGAGAGGAUCACAGCACAUGCUGGUCUCCCAAUACUUGUGCCUCACACACGGAGAAUACCGUCGUUACCAGGAUAAAAUGGAGCAGAAGGGUAUGGCCUUCCUCCUACUCUUCCUGGCUGUCGUGAUUCUAGCGGUCGUACUGAUUGCGGGUCAACCGGUAAGUUGACAGUUCCACCCACGUUCUCCUUCUCCGCGCAAGCUUAUUGGUUCGUGGGGCCACAGAGUUGCACGAGCCCCAACCCCCUUUAUUUACUGGAAAUGUAUCUGCUGCUGUUGUUACUGAUUAUUUUUGUCAGAUAUUUGAUCCCGUGGACAGGGCAGAAGGCGAAAGCUGUAAUUAUGCGUAUUUCGUUAGUCCAAGCCUAAGGUGAGCAUAAAGGGCUGUGUCAGGGCAUAUGUCCGUGUGUGAUAGGUCCUAACUGCGAUGAUACCGUGUUAGUCAUGCAUCCACACGUGGGGGCAAAGGUCGGGAAAAGGCGUGAACGGAGCUAGGUGCCCGAAUACCCGCAGGGAGGGGGGGUGGGGCAACGAUAGCCUGAAGGACCCCACCUAAGCGUCGGUAGACUUUGGAUCGUGUCAUAGGGGAAUGCUGGUAGUGGGGAGGGGGGAAUUUACGGGUGGGGCAGAACGCCGGACACUAUGCUGACAAAAUGCAAGAAAACACAAAAAUGUUUUGUUUUCUGCCGAAGGUUCUACCGUAUGCAUUUGUAUGGCAACGGAAAUGAACGCGUUAAUUAAGAAAAAAUAAACAAGAAGCGAGAGUUCAAGAAAGUAACACAGUUUUAGUGACGGUUUGAGUUUAUGGAAAUUCAGUGUUGCUAGCGGUGUAAUAUCCGCAACGGCCUGCAAAUGGAUGCCAAGAUAAAACCCCAUGUGAAACGAACAAGAGCCUGCCGGCAGUAAAGUGGGGUCCUUCACUCUACCGUUGCCAGUCAGCGGUCGUUUGCGUGUUACGCGUGGUCUGGAGAAAAGUCUCGAUUUGCUGUCAUGUUUCGUUUGGGCAAGGAAAGAGAAGGCUGUUGGAGCACCGGAACCAUUUGUUUAUUUCUCCGACCGUUCGAGCUCGUACGGGAGUCCAGCGUCAGAGUUGACGACGGCAACAGCAGAACAAGUGACAGAUAUAGGGGGGUCGUUAGCCAAUCAACGAUCAGUGCUGCAGGUUUGGAGGCAACUGAACAGGACUCUGUGUGCGGGCACAAGGUCGAUACACUGAUUGGCUGAGUCCUCAUUCGAGGCCCAGGCUUCAAUCAACUCUCGACUUUUUCUGCUUCCGGCGUGGGCGGCUGCGGAGUUGGACUCGUGACCUGAUUCGAAUGUUUGGGCAGUCACCUGUGGUAAUUCGUUGUGUGUACGCGAUCUGUGCAUGCGCUCAGUCUGACCUGUGUAAUUGCAAGGACAUUUUAGGCACAGGAUACAAUACAUUACACCAGAAUAAUCCCUGAGAUUUCGUCGGUCCUUACUUUUCAUGAUCCUGCUGUCCACGUUAGCUUUUGGGCGGCGUACAAUUCCAACACCUUAUUCUACACCAACGCCCUGGUCACAUCUGCGUUGGUGUAACGGUGGCAUGGAUGGAACGGACUCAGCAAACCAGCCCCUGAGUACAGUUUUGCGCAUUUUGCACGCAUAUAUGAGUACGUUUGGACAAUUUAUGUGGAACCGAAGGAAACAUUUGCUAGAUCGCAGUUGGUAGCCAGAAAUGGGGAAACGGACCCUAAUCCUAAACUUAACCCUAACCCUAACCUCAACCUUAAACGUUAACCGUUAACCCUAACGGCAACCCUAACCCUAAUCGAAAUCGUAAACGUAAGCGUAGCCCUUAGACAGAGCCUUAACUGAAAAACCUAACCGUAAUACUGAAACCUAAUCGUACGCUCAAACCCUAACCGUAACCCGAAAACCUAAGCCUAAAGGCAUAGCCCUAACCCGAAAAUCGGAAACCAUUAACCGGUACUCUAAUCCUAACCUCAAACGUAAAACGGAAGCCAAACGGGUCAGAUGUGAUUAUGGAGUCCCACAAAAUAGCAUCAGUAAACAACCCCCCCCCCGCCAUCUGUAAUACGGGUCCUGGCUACCAACUGCGAUCUAGCCGACACAUUGGCAAAUUGGAUUACUCGGACUAUGAGGUGAUGUAGAGAGCUCAAAAGUCUCAAUAACCCAUUUGCCUCGGCAAUUAAUAUAAGUACCACCCCCCGAAGGCUGCUCAGUCCUGUUCAUCGGUCACAGGGCAGAUGAACAUGCCACGACGGUCUGACCGUCGUGACUGACGAGGUUCACUGUGUGUUCCAAAACACGGUGGAAGCAGUAACGAUGACUUACGAGUGAAUUAGUCUGUAAUGAUAGAGGACUUGCCUAGCAUCUACCGCACCCCCCCCCUCCUGCUCUCCCGCCGGGCUCCGGUGUCAAGACCGAAGGUAGAAGAGACCGCAGGUAGCUGGCACAACGAAAACCCGCACCUAGGCGUGCUGCUACACACCGUGACCCACAACAACUAUGGGGGCGGCACGGACCCCAGCUGGCGUGGCGUGGGUCUGCAACUAGGCCUGCCACCACACCCCGAAUGCUAGCAGUUGUCACGGGUGCGCAUUUCCAAUAAUGCCUGCCGCACUCCGAUCUAGCCCCUGCGUUGGCCCAGCACAGGGGCCUGACUGUAAGCAUCACUCAUGACGCAGAGUAAUUUUUUUCCUUCUCUACCAACUUCGGUGUAGCUGGCAACUGCAUCGUAGUAUCUAGCCAGCAAUUGUAGACGUACGCGGGGGUAACAACCUACGCCGUCCAAAGGGAACACAACAUUUACUUCAGUACCGCCCAUUUGGCAAAGUGAGAUGCUGACUACCUGUCAAAGCGACCGCAAUAGGCAGGACUGGUAGACUUUGGCUUGCCAACAUACUGCACGACUCUUCAAUACUACAAUAAAAUAGUCCAGACCACAGGGCAAUCACAUAGAGCUUACGGUUUCCUGGUCCUCCAAAUAUUAUUGCAGACAUUGAGAGCGAGGUGCGGCUGACUACGGUCCUAUGAGGCACAGAGAGCAGGCAUUGACGAAAAGCAUGGUAAAGUGGGCGCACAAGCUCACCUUGUACUGCGAGCUAUGCCCAGGACUGGCCAGUUCCUAAAAAAUGUGGGUUGCAUUGUUCACCUUAAGUGCCAGACCAAAUAGCUCACCUUUCCCGAUAGAUACCUCCGAUUAUUGUGCCAGAACGUUAUCCCUCUAGCUUAAGAAAUCAAUUCGCCUCCUAAGGCGAGUGAAGCAGGUUCAUUUCUCUCGCGGCAGUUGGAUCAGAAACUGCUGUUCCGGUAUCCUCUGUCCUUAUGGCAACAUCUUUGUCAAUCAAGAUGUUAUUAGUAGUGAAAUCUGAAAAAUGACUUUUAGGUGGAUGGAAACAUACCCUCGGCUGUGUUCUCUGCCAUCGGGGGACCCUGCAUAGGCUCUGUUGUUCUCCCAAUCUACUGGGCCCGUCUGCACAAGAGCGGUCUCCUACUGGGCCUCUUGGGCGGCCCAAUAAUUGCCCUCUUGGCUUGGGUUACUCAGGCCAUGACCAUGGAGGACGAACUGUCAACCAAUCUGGGUAAGUUUCUAUACUAGUAAAGCGUGCCUCCUAAACUCUUCCAGCGUUUGCUUCCUCUGCCGGCAAGAUCCUAUUUCGUGGCCGUACCUGUUAGGGGUUGCGGUUAAGGGUCAGGGUUAGGCGUCAAAAUUAGGGGUUGGGGUUAAGGGAUUAUGGUCAGGGGUUAGAGGUUGGGGUUAGGCUGGGGCUUGUCCACUGUAGGUACGCCUACAAAAUAAGAUCCGACCCCAUUGCCUGUUACUUGUGUUGCAGAAACCUCUCCAGAUGUGAGAAUUAGGCUGGACACGGGAAUAAGGACCCUCCCUCGUACUACUGAUGGCCUUGCACUAAACUCCGAAUUGAUAUCUAUUCCCGUGUCCCCAUGUUAACCUUAACCCCAACUCAUACCUUAGCUCCAAUUCCAAGCCCCCCCCCUCCCCCGAAUUUGUCGGAAGGUUACCUACAAUACGGGGAGCCCAUAUAUUCAUGCCCUAUCGAAGUAUAUUCAUACCUGGACAGUGUGAUUAUUCCUUUCUGGUCUUUCUCACCCUUCAAAGGGUGUAAAUUAUGAAAGGCGUCUAUAUACGCUUAGCCAUCCCAUGUGGCACACCCGGUGCAAGCCUCAUAACUUCCUUCUAAGGACCGGUCCUGGGUUCUGGUAUGCUAAUUUUUAGGGCAGCCUGUAAAGGCAGUCGUGGAAUCAAUAACCUGAAAGUCCUGUCCAGGUUGCUUUAUCACCGGUUAGCUCAUUAACUGAUGAAGGGAGUUCCGGCAAAGACAAGGAGGCUAAGAUGACCCCUCUUGUCUCGUUAGCCGCCGCCAGCCAGUAGCAUUUCAGCCUCGAACUCAGCCUCGAACUCGCGUUCCUUGACCAUCAAACGUUAAUUUCAGCGCUCCUACCCAGUGAGCCACGGACCCGCUGUCCUGUCGGUUGCCAUGCGACUGUCCGUGAAGGCUCUACUUUGAGCCUCAAGACAUAGCUGGAGGAGUAGGGCUCGUAACCCGAUCGGGGGACGCAACAUAUGAAGCUCCAUUUCCUAAUCGGAUCUAUACAAUAAGCCAUCUAAUUCCUCCGUUUCACGGUGUACUGUAAACUACGCAUCUACUUUCACCGAGAGGCCUACACACCUGUCCUCUCGGAGAGAAGUUUAUAGCAUAUUUCGCAGAAAAGAACGUAAGAAUUCAAAAUACAGCUCAUGUUUUUGUCAAUGUCAGCACAUUCCGAAAUACAUGCUGUACGUGACAUGCUGAUAUAUUGCAUGAACUGUGAACAGUAUGAACAUUUGCUUUCUUUACUACCACUGUGACAUCAGCGUCGUCUAAAUUUUAUUUCAUGAAGCGACUUUAAUGAGGGUUUCCUCGAUAAACAUACAUCAAUAAUGUCCUUGGACAGUUUUAUUCUAUGGAGCUGGCGAAGUUCCCCAUAAUUUUUUGGUGAGAUGUGGUUUGGUAGCCCCACCUGAUGGGCACAAUACUGUUGGAGUUGGGGUUAAGGCUUAGCGUCAAGGGUUAUGGUUAGGGGCUAGGUCUAGGGUUAGGGGUUUAGCGCAAAGAUUUCUCUACCAUUCAAAGUACGACGGCGCAUUGCCAAUAGCGUUUCGUUUGCAUACAACUACUUGACCUCGUCGCCUGUGCGUUCCCUGGCCCCACCUGUAAAAACCCCCUAUUACCACCGGUCCCGUGUUAGAUGUGACUGAGGUUUCUUUACUUCAGAUGGAGCUACAUAACCACGUAGUGAUAGGAAGCGUAGAGGAAUAUGCACGCAAACUCCACUAACUUGAUUCCUAAAUUAUAAUCCAGAAGGGUAAAUAUGAAAGGAAGAGUUUGCUGCACCGGAGUCUGCUAGAGCCUGACAGUAAGGCCUGGGACAAUUUUGGAUCCUCUCGUAGGUCACAGGUGCAUCUAGCUGGACUGAUUGAUCUCUCGAUGAGGCAGUUUCCGUCGCAAAACAGGCUGCAUCGACAGGAUUUUCACGCCUGUGCAUAAUCCUAGAUCGAUGGCAUCGUGAUUAACAAAAGAAGGAUUGCCCAUGCCCUUGAUCUCCCCGUAACCUGUCGGCAGAAAUGCACUUUGAAAGGGUGUGCUGACUGUCUAGCUGCUGGUGUACUUCAUGAACUACAUCCGAUCGCAAUCAUCCGUCAAGCGUAGAGCGAGGAGAGCAAGUACUUCGUCACCAGCGCUCGCCACCGGCAAAGAUGCGUUCUUUCGCCGAGACUCAAUAACUGUGUAAUUGAUUCUGUUCUCUUGUAAUGUCCGAAUCGAGAGGGUCAGUAGGGAUCGGAGAACUGCCAUCUGCUGGAGACAAUUUUCGUUUCUUCACAACCUGAGAAUUAUCUUGAGGUUAUGAACUCGGAGCAUCCAACAUUCUUCACAUGCAGUCUCAAUCGAAUCAGAACCAAGCGUUAUAUUUGAGUGGUAUAGAAAGAUUCUGAUGAGGAAGUUUAUUAUAGCAAAGUAUAUUAACAUGCAUCAACGUCAGUAGAAGAAAAAUAACGAGUUGAUUUCAGGAACCAACAAGAAGGGGGCAUUGAUGGGAGGAGUAUGUACAUGUAUAAGAUUACAUGGCUAACCCAGGAAAACAUGGAAGGUAGAAAACAGACGUAAAAACGAUAAACGAGAAAACGAACAUAGAGCAAACGCAAAUGGGACUUAUCAGGUGCGUAGGUCAAUGAUUUUGAUCGGGUCCACGCGUCGCGCUUGGUCCGCGAUUCUCUACAAGAUAAGUGGUCACUUAUUUAUAAGAACAAGUUCGGAACCUUAUGCUCUAUUUGGGCUGUUACACUCUCCUCGGCGUUUCGCGAAAACGACGACACCCGGCUAAACCAUGAAUCCUUCGUCUUAAUUCCUAAUUAUGCCCGUGCCCCCGAUCUGGCCGGAAAGUCUAACAGGAAACCUAACUGGCCUUUGAAAUGCAUAAACGUCAACUACCUCAGAUGCUGGGAAGAACAAAUUACUCAUCAGAGACCUGACACCGAAGCAGUGUUCCUUUCGUGGUCGCGAAACAGUGAACUGUCUAACGUACCUCGGCUGCUCUAUGCGUCCAAUUGGCCACUGCCAGAGGAAGACAACCCAUCACACACAAUUCGCGCAGAACAUGUCCGGUCGGAUUUGAACUGACCCCCAUGAUUCAACAGAAGACCGAGUUUCGAUCGUACAGGUGUACGGUAAAUUUUGCCCUGUUCUUCGACUGUGAAACUUGGUGCUACGCCCUGCUGUUUCUGGGACGGGGGGGGGAGAAGAUCGCGGUGACCAGGCGUGCGGAAUUGCUGCUAGAGCUGUGGAGUAGGUCCCUCAUAACCUUGAAACAGCUGACGGCCAGACAAAGGGGACCACAGGAGGAUGUUCGCAUGAAAUCUGUGUGCAGUGUGAGCACCAGUUGUCGCUUGUUUUUUAGGAACAAAAAGUAAAAUAGAGUGUUCCCGAUGACCGCUUGUUAGUUGGCGCUCGGCAACCUGCAGGGACAGCGAUCAGAACAAUCAGGCCAGACGAUUAAAUGACAGCGAUUGGACGCCUACAGGAGUGUUAAAGAUGAAAUCAAUAAUAGGCUCGGAUGCAUGCUCAUAGGCUAGGGGGGACUGGUGGUUGUUGACCGGGGGUCCUGACAACUCCUCUUUGCUCAUAGGCUGGUGUCUGACCAGACCGGACUGAGUCUAGCCUAUGCGGUCACAAUGACGACAAUUUGGCGGUGUGUCGGCGCUGCCUUCUGUGUCAUUAUCGCGCCUUUGUUGCUGUGGUUCCGUUGGAUGUCUGGUCAGACCGAAUCCGAACGUAAACAGUUGAGUGUAGUCAAAAGCUCGCUAGCGUGUAGAGUUUUGUUUCGAUGAUUAUGGUAUUUGCUGGUGGACAAAAUGAGAGCUGUUGCUAAAUGCGAUGGCGGGAUUGAUUGACUACUCGGGAUCUUGGCUAAACUCUGGCAGCAGAAACUUGUCAGGAUAUGCUAGGUGUCGGUAGCACUGAUCUACCUUAUGUCGGUCUUUUGUUCUUGUUGACAUUCCUCUCAUCUUCUAUAUUCGGUCACCUUUGAGCAUUCCUGCUUCAGUAUGCAGGUCUUAAUGUUACGCCCGGUCAUCUUGUGCCAGAAAGUUUCGGCAAUGUAGUAAAGCUGCCAUCAAAGGGUCAUUUUGACAGGUCCUCGUCAGGUCUCCUCUCCACACUGCCGCUCCAUUUAAGUUGAGCCUGCUUCAAGCGGGAUAAAGAUGUUGGGCGCCUAGUUCCCUUAGGUGACCUGCAUGUCCGGGGUUCGUCCUUGUUGCUCCUCCUCUGGAAUCCCUCAGACAGCUAGUAUCGAGAGGACUGAGCCUCCUCUUUGGUUGCAACUGACUGUCAAGUUUUCUGGCGGCAUGGGCAAUUGUUAUCAGUACAACGGCUUUGUGCAUCUUUGAAUGAAAUAUUUCGCGCAUUAAGUUAUUAAGUGUGCCUUUUGAGGACUGUUAGUUGUUAAACACUUCUGACUACUGUUGACAGGACACUUAUGGAUACACCGUCUCGUUAUCCGCGUAAGCAGAAAAGGAAAGUGAAUCGAUACUCCGUUUUCUAGGCUGUUGCUGUAUUUUGAAAUCGACCACGUAUCGAAGUCGCCUAUUCGGAUUUAAAUUUCAGGUCCACUUGCGGUCGAAUUAAACCUUAUAAUGAAAACGCAUAAUUCUGAACUGGUCCUAGCGUUAUCUCUAGGGUAUAGCGGAGCGGAUGCGCUCCACCGUGCAAUCAGGUCAUUAUACCUCCUCCUUGUCGACCCAACAAAUGUAUUCUUAUAUUUACCCUGCAGAUAGCGAAAAGGCACUGUUCACUGCCUCCAUGACCGCCUUCGUUGCUGGCUUCGCUCUGCCUGUCUUGGUGACCCUUGGAUCCACAAAGCCGUUGACGAACGAGGAGGCCCAGAUUGUGUGGAGGAGACUGCAGGAAAUUGACAAUCCCCUUAUGCCCUGGCCAGAGGUUUAUUCGCAGUAUGUUCACCAGAAUUCGCCUUACUUCAACCGUUGCGUUCGUACUUCCUGUUUGCUUGCAAACCAACAUCAUUAAUUCCUUCUUAAUUUGCAUUUCUGGCAAAAACCACCUUAAAAUUCAUUUUUACCCCGCGAACGGAAUAGAACGCAGAAAGGAAGUGUAUUGUACUCAUAAACAUACGGACUACUAUACGUUUGUCAGUAGCACGUUAGUAAUCAUAUAAAUAAUCACACGUUUACCUGGAAGAAUUUUCAAUAGAUUAAAUAAUCAUAGAAACGGGCAUCUGAAGUGUUGACAAGUUAGGCAUCCACUGAAAUUGGAUCUCCUUUUUCUUCAGUAGAGGUGGUUUCAAUGACAAGUUGAGAGCGGUAAGCAGGAUGGGCGGGGAGCCAGCAGUGAGAACCGGCCAUCAGAGAAUAUCAGCACUACUGUGUACACCGUACAUAUUUCACUUUGAAUCGAGUUUCCCAUGAGAUAAGAGUUCGACUACAGAUGAGAGGACUGUAAAACGUGUUCCUCUUGUUAUUCAAAAGGGAACUUGACCUCCGAUACUCCUUGCAUCUGAGCGAGGGGAAACCGGCUCUCUCUGAAGUGCAGCGAGCACUGCAGUUCACCAAACGUGUUACCCAACUGGGAUUUUGCAUCAACUUCCUGUGCUUCACUAUCCUAUGCCCUGCCCUCACAAUGACCUCCCAGAUCCUUUCCUUCGAGACACUGUCUAUCUGGGUAAGUUGCUCAAUUUAUAAUUUACUUAGUAGGAAAUUCGAAACUUCCUUUCGUCUAGGACCAACCGUACGAUGACGGUACCAGUCCUACUAACUUUUUUGUAAAGAAAGGCAACAGUAUACACUACAGUGUUUGAGAUGUGACAAAACAGCAUGUGGAGGGAGGAGACGGUGAGGAUUCAGAAACUUUUGAGGCCGUGGAACCCUCCUAGACGACAGCUUUUUUAGUUUGUCGAAACUUGUCUGAGAUGCAAAAGCACGACCUUGCUGUUAUGCAGGAGUGGCAUGUGCUGACCCAUUCUUAUUUAGAGAGAAGAUGACAACUUCACUUUUGCAUUGAAGUUUAGGUUCUACAGCUCAAGUGAGCGCUGGCGUGGCGACCAGCAGUCAAUAGUUGAGAAUUUCUACUGACAAGCAACCCCCUCACAUAGGUGCUAGACCCUCAGCUACACAUCAAGACGUAACUGCCCAUCCUCAUUCCGCACUCAGGAUAGAUCGAGGCACGUCACUCCCAUCUGGCUGGAGAUUCCCGAGCUCAGUUGACCUGAAUCACUGCCUGACUCAGGCUUAUACCUCGAGAGUGAAACCUGCGAUUGGUGCACCGCCGCCUGAUGCCGACAAAGUUGCCAAUCACAUGAUCCCGUCCUUGUUGGUAAAAUAUCUUGACAAGUCGCAUGAGAUUUGCCUGGCCGGGUGGGCAACGCUACCACAACAGUUUCAACCUGCUGGUCCCUGGGGGGGGGGAGGCAUUACGUAGCAAGGGUAUUUACUUUGGGGAGCAAUUGUGCCAAAAUACAAUAAUUGGCCUUAUUUAUUUGUACGCGCCGGAGGAAGAAUUAAAAAGAUCCUACAGUGGCUGCCGCGUGAGGGGGGGUCAGGGUGCUUUAAGAGUACAAGUACGACACUGGAAUAUCUUUUUGACUAUGCCUGCAAAAGGGCAUUACAUUCAUUUAGUAUUAUCAUUAAAUAAUAAGACUAGUGUCCCCUUUUAAUUGGUGGCAAUAUGAAGUAUCAGAAUUUGUGAUGCCACAAAAUUCUUGAAUGUUGAGCUUUUUUGCUCAACACAAAUGCUCCCCGGCGUGAGGAGCCCCAGCCAUAAACCAUACCCUUGCCCAUUUAACCGUGGUUUCUUGAGGGUACUCCUUGUUUUGUGUAGGUCAUCAUUAACAGACUCAGUCUGUGGGCUCAUAUGGGCCAUGCAACGAACCCUGACGCCUCUGCAACUGCAUGGGACCAGAGAUAGCCGUGCUUACCCGUUUUUCGUCAACCAUCACCCUCUUCUUGCCUUCUCCAGAUAACCACAAUAGAGAUCUGGGCAGCUGCCGCACUCUUCUUCUGCAUCACACUGCCCGUCAUUUUCUUCACCAUAAACUACAUGGAGAACAGCAAGGACGACGGUUCGAGUGUUCUGAAGAAGGCGAGACGGAAACAGCGACUGCCUUAUCGUCGGACGGGCAACUGGUUCUCAAGGCUGUUGUAA